AUGGAUGUAGAACGAUCGCGGACGCGGCGGGAGCGGACAUUUGUUGGGAGUGAGUGCUCGGUUUGUGAAGAACCGCUGGAACAUACCCUUCGAGGCGAACGGAUCAUUCAGUUUACGUGCGGGCAUGUUUCUCACGAGGCCUGUUUUUACGAAUACAUCAAGGAAUAUGACAGUCAGUAUUGUCUGACAUGCAACGCGCCGUUGAGUCUCGAUAGCAGCAGAGGGGGGAAUCUGCUGGAUCUUGAAAAGCUCAGCAGUAUUGUUCGAUCAGUGUCUGAUGUAUCCGCGCACCACACCACGCCAAACUCCCCCGCUCCGGCCUGGGACUCAGGCGCCCGUAUGAGCCAGACGCCAAAUGAAUUUUCGACGAGCUCUCUGAACCGCGAUAGCCAACACUCCCGGCGCCGUGACAGUCGGGACACAACUCAUCAGCGCGAGAGGAUCGAGCGACUGGCCGCACCUUCAAGGAAUAAACAUGUGCGCAAUGACAGCGAAGCAGCAGGCACCGCCACCUCAAGCGACUAUCCCGAUACACAGCGAUCGAGCUUUGGACGAAAAUACGACUAUGACGUUCAGGUCAUGGAGUCAGCUCUCAGCCCGCGACCAGGAGUGAUGAAAAAUCCGAUUCCCGCUCCAAUCGUCACAGUUCGAAGCGAAUUUCCCACAUUGAAUCGUUCACGGCAGCAGCAAUCUCUUACUUGCCUUGUCACGAUUGAAGUUCCUGGUGGAAAAUGGCACCCUGAUUUAGAAACCCUGCGCCUCGCUCCCCUGACUCCGGCGCUUCCCCGCGAAGAACUCCAGAGCCCUUUAAAAUCGGCCCAUUUAUCCCAUCAAAUUCCCAGCCGAGAACAAUUUGAGCUUCACCAAGCUUUUGAUGAAAUCACGGAAGAGCUGCGUACGCGCGUUGAUAACUGGCAUGGCCUUGAAUUCGACCGAUUCGGCAAGCUUAAGUUGCAUGGAAAGCUCAAGGUUGGGAAAGAUAGACGAUCUUGGCAGGAACUUGAGUGUUACCUCUUCUCGGAGAUGCUUAUCUGCGUGAAAGAGAAGAAGAUUGCAGAUCAGCACAAAUACGAAGAUGGUUCUAUAAGCCGCAAAAGUGCUCGAAGCACAUUAAAGGGUUCUAUACUGAUCAAGAAGCACCUCAAGGAAGUGGAGGUCUCUUCGGAGGAGCCCGUUUUAACGCUAAAUCUGUCUGUUAAUGAGUUGCCUUGCUUCCAUCUCCAAUUUCAAAGUCACAACCAACUCGAAGUAUGGAGACGCGCCUUAUUGGACUUGCAUCACCCUGAUCCUCCCGUUCGAAACCCUGAGUAUGACGUGGAACAUUCAGGAACGGAGGAAGAGGACUACAGGACCCUACAAACCAAGAAGCGAGUCUCUUCAACCACUUCUUCUUAUGGUGCCGGAAAGUCCAGUGCUACCGCAUUAACAGAUUAUACGAUGUCGAUUCGUGAUGGACGACCGGCUAGCUUCCACGUUCCGCUUGACACUGUUGUCGUCAUUCCCAUUUCCUCGUCUAUGCAAGGACUUAAAAUCACACUGUUGCGUGACACUCUGCGGUUCCUUGUUCAAAACCUUGGACCUCGCGAUAGAAUGGGCCUUGUGACGUUUGGCUCAAGCGGUGGGGGUGUCCCGCUUGUUGGAAUGACGACCAACGCCUGGAGCGGGUGGAACGGUGUGCUUAAUUCAAUCCGUCCAGUUGGCCAGAAAAGCCUUCGGGCAGACUUGGUUGAAGGUGCUAAUGUGGCCAUGGACUUGUUGAUGCAGCGCAAAUCCAGCAACCCACUGUCGUCCAUCUUGUUGAUUAGCGACUCAUCGACUUCAGAGCCUGAAAGCGUCGACUUUGUCGUUUCCCGGGCAGAGGCUGCUAAGGUCGGUAUAUAUACCUUUGGGCUUGGAAUGACCCAUAAGCCCGACACCCUAAUCGACUUAUCUACUCGGACGAAGGCAUCCUAUAUGUACGUCAAAGACUGGAUGAUGCUUAGAGACUGCGUAGCCGGAUGUCUGGGCUCUUUACAGAGUACCUCACAUCAGAACGUCAAGUUGAAAUUGCGCUUGCCUGAAGGAUCUCCAGCCAGGUUUGUCAAGAUCAACGGGGCCCUACAGACCACCAAACGUGCAACAGGCAGGGACGCCGAGGCGGCGUUGGGCGACUUAAGAUUUGGAGAUAAGCGAGACGUUCUCGUCCAACUCGCAAUUUCUCCUGAUAACUCUUCUCCCGACCACGUUCCCCAGGACCCUUGGGAGAGCAUUGUCUCUGGCCUUGAAGCGCUUGGAGGUCCCCUGGAUGGAGAGGACCAACGCGUGACAAGCAUCGAAGAAGUGCCACUGAUCCAAGCUGAUGUAACGUAUGGCGAUAUCUUACGUGAUGGGCAUCUUACACAUUCUCCUCGCCCGUCCCUGCUUGCCAUCACUAUGCUGCCCGCUCAUCAUAAACCGAAGAGUAUCGGAAGGCCAAUUACGCCGCCAAUUCCUCCUCACCCCUCCAUCGUGCAACGGCGAAUGGAACUCCUUACCUCCGACAUGCUGAUGCGCGCUCUGACCCUGGUCUCUCGCGGGCAACAGGACCGCGCACAUCACCUCCUCACCGAAACGAGGAGUAUCCUGAAAGGCCUUGGCAAAGGUAGUCUUCCGCCUCUGCCUCCAAGCGCGACAAUGAAGUCUCUCGCUGAUUCAAACGGCGAUCUCCAUUCUCCAGCACCGUCGUCACCACGCUCUUCCGACAUCCCAGAUGGGCGGCAGUCCUCGCACAGCUCUGAAGCGGCUACCAUCACCCCUGUUGCAGCCAUUGAUUCCAAUACCAUCUCUGCGCUAGAUUCGGAUCUCGAGGCAGCCCUAGAAUGGAUCAGUCACCCUGCGGUGUUUGGACGCGAUUCGAGAAAGGCAGUCCUACAAGCCAUUGGAGUUAUCUCAACGCAACGGGCGUACACAUUUCGGACCCCCUCUGAAGCGCAAUGGGCGGGCAGAAUAUUCGGUAUCAAACGGCUUACAGAAAAAUCGCGGGAUUGGCGUGAGGUUGGAGAUAGCUCCCUGACCGAAGAGUAG